GACGGAAGCUGCUGCAUGAGACUUCACCUGUUCACCGGCUUCACCUGUUCACCAGCUUCACCUGUUCACCAGCUUCACCUGUUCACCUGCUUCACCAGGCAGAAACACCACAGAGGAACUUGCUGCUGUCGUCAUGUGCUCCUUAUGGGACGACCUGGAGUCUCUCACGGAUUCCGCCUCGUGCUCGUCCUCGGCAGACCUCGGAAACAGAGGAACCAUCAAGGCCGCGGCACAUUUUGAUCCGAGCGAAGAUGCCGAGGCUCUGAAGGCCGCCAUGAAGGGAUUUGGAACCAAAGACAAGGUCCUGAUCGACAUCCUGACCCAGAGGAGCUGCGAGCAGAGGCAGCUCAUCGCUGAGGCCUACCAGGACGCCACCGGCAGCGCGCUGCAGGACGACCUGGAGGGCGAAACCCGCGGCGACUUCGAGGACGUGCUGGUGGCGCUGGUCAGCACGCCGGCCGCGUACGACUGCCACGAGGUGAUGAGGGCCAUGAAGGGAGCCGGAUCCAAAGACGACAUCCUGAUUGAGAUCUUCGCCUCCAGAACCAACGAGCAGAUCAAAGCUCUGAGUGACGUCUAUCUGAACGAGAAGGAGAACCUGCUGAUCAAGGACCUGAGGAAAGAAGUGGGCGGGGACUUCUCCAAAGCGCUGUUCCUGCUGGCCGAGGGGGAGAGGGACGAGAGCACCGGCGUCGACGUGGACGGGGCGAAAGAAGACGCGCAGGCUCUUUACGAAGCUUCGGAGAAGAAGUGGGGAACCGACGAGUCUGCGUUCAUUGAAAUCCUCUGCCAGAGGAGCGAAGCUCAGCUCAGGCAAAUUUUUGUCGAGUACAAGAGCAUCAGUGGAAAGACUCUGCAGCACAGCAUCGAGGGAGAGAUGUCCGGGGAGCUGGAGGAGCUGCUGGUGGCCAUUGUGAAGUGUGUGAAGUCCAGACCGGCCUACUUCGCAGAACGCCUGCACGAGAGCAUGAAGGGCGGCGGGACGGACGAGGCGACUCUGCACCGGAUCAUGGUCAGUCGCUCGGAGAUCGACCUGCUGGACGUCAGGAAGGAGUUCAAGAAGCUCUACGACGAAUCGCUGCACUCGGCCUUGGAGUCGGAUCUGUCCGGGGACCACGGCGACUGCGUGUUGGCGAUCUGCGGAGGAGACGACGGCGACUAGCGACCCGAGGUCGACGGGAAACGUCUCACUCGCUCUCUUCUGUCUCCCACUUCCACUCGACUCGUGCGUGUGUGUGUGUGUGUGUGUGUGUGGUUAUCGUCAUCUUGUUUACACUCUCGGAGCAAAAAAAAGAAACUUUCAACCGCUGCAAUAAAAUAUAUGCGACGGAGAAAUGUUGACUGAAGGUUCAACGUGGAAUUCUUAAUUUCGUGCAAUUCAACAUUUCCUGUCUCACUGUGUUUUUCCUCAUUUGAACAUUUCCCAGUGAAACAUCCACAUCUAUACUCGUCCACGUACGAAACGGGGGAAACAGAUUCGAGCGGCGUCCUUCUAUUCUGCCUGAAUAGAACUAAAACGUAGAAAGGCAGCCCCUGAAAAAGGAGGAUUCUGUUACAUUCUACACUAUAUUCGAUAUAUAUUCUAUAAUUAUAAUAAUGAGUUUGUCUGUGCAGAAUAUCAUAUGAUUUGAGAUGCACUUCUCAAAGUUAAAUCAGCGGGCGACUAAAAUCAUUAUUCAAUAGACUUAAGGGAAUAAAUUUGUGAUGAUUCAAAUGGCUAAAUACAACAUAUGAUUAUGAUGAAUUAAUAAAGAUAAUCAAAUGACGCAUGAA